UUCAUCUCAAAGCGUAGCAUUUGUAACGUUUCUUUAUGAAUAUCGUCUGAGAGUCAUGAUGAGCGACAUAAACCCCCUUGUACUGGAAAAGAUACCCCAGACUGAUACUUGUCUGUCAGCUCUUGAACUCGCCAGGGAUGCUUUGCCUAUCCCAAUCCUGAAUCAUUCUCUUCGAGUCUAUCUUCUAGCUCGGUAUAUCGCCGAGAAAGAAGACUCUCCCUUCAAGUCUGGAGAUCAGAGUCCACUUCUCUUCGUAGCAGCUAUUCGUCAUGAUAUUGGAGCAAGCCAUCUCUACAAUGGAGAGCAACGCUUUGAGAUCUGCUCUGCCGACUGCGCAAAGGCCCAUCUCGUCAAAAGCGGCAACUCAGAAGCUGCGUCACAUCAAGUCUGGACUGCCAUCGCAGUACAUACGUCACCAGGCAUAGCAGAGCGAAUAGAUCCCUUGUCGCGUCUCAUACGCCUCGGCGUGUUGUCUGACUUUGGAUCGAAAGAUUACAGGACACGUCUAGGCGUUGACGGAUACUACACCGAGAUCGAAAAGCUUCUGCCGAGAUUAGAUGCAGAGAAGUGCCUUGGUGACGCAGUUGUCAGUCAAGCGAAGGGGAUACCACAUGUGGAUAGUCUCACUUGGCCAAAUGACGCCAAGUUCCCUGCUGCGAGCUGGCCUGGGAUACUCCUGCGGGCACAUGCCGAGAACCCAGGGCAUGACGGCGUCAAUCCAGCGUUCUGAAACACGCCAAAGUUCUCGGUUGACAGGCGAUAUCAUUGUCGUAGGGAGUGAGAUUGGCGGUGUAACCCUUUUUU